ACUGACUUCGGCGGAAGUUGUGACAAAUGGCUUGGUUUUUGCUCUGACAUGCACUGUCGAUGCUUAUAUAGACAUCUCAAGGCCACUCUACCAUAAAGGCCUGAUUGUUAGAGUGCUAUAAGGCUGUAACGUAACAAAAUGUGGAAAAAGUCAAGGGGUCUGAAUACUUUACAAAUGCACUGUAAUACUAUAGUAGUCACCAUGCUAGUGAGCCUGAUCUGAAAUAACCUCAUGUUUUAUCCAUUGUCAUCAUGUCAGGUAUCUACAGUUUCUCUUUCCCUGUUAGGAAACAUGAAUAGACAUGUUGUCUUCAAAACAACAUCAAAAUACAUUCCAUGAAGCUGGAAUGGUAAAAGACCAGAUAGGUAUCUAAAGAGAAAGAAGGAAAGAUGUGUCACAAAUGGCAUCAUAUUCCCUUUAUUGUAGUUCACUAUAAAGUGAACAGGGUGCCAUUUGGGAUGAAACCCACAUGUACCUCCCACAACACAUUCCUCCUUCUUAAAGGCAAGAGAGUGACGCAUUCAACUUCACCUGGACUUCUGUGAGGCGGAGAAGAGAGCCGAAGGACCUUUCGUGGGAUGAACUUAAUUCCCCAAAUGUGAGAUAGAAAAACCAGCAUGGCAGACGAACGUGUUUCUCUACUAAAGGAGGCAGAGACAUCAGGCUUCGGUUCUGUAGAUGGAUUCUGCCUACGUGAAAGAUCCAGACCCAUAGGUGUUUCAUCACCCUACCCUGUUGAGAAUGACAGCCCUGCAGUUUGUAUUUCCACCGAUUCAGAGCAGCCAGCUGAUCUGAGGAUAGUUUUGGUGGGGAAGACUGGAGCAGGGAAGAGCGCAACAGGAAACACCAUCCUGUGGAAAGAUGCCUUUACAGAAGAGGCCUCUCUUGUGUCUGUAACGGCACAGUGUGAGAAACAGAGUGGAGUGGUCAAUGGGAGUAAGAUUGAUGUCAUCGACACCCCAGGACUCUUUGACACAGCCAUGUCUCAAGAAGAGAUGAAAAGUGAAAUAGUCAGUUGUAUAGAAAUGUCAGUCCCAGGACCUCACGCCUUCCUGCUGGUGAUCAGACUGGGGAGGUUCACAGAGGAGGAAAGGAACACUGUGAAGUGGAUCCAGGAGAACUUUGGAGAAGAAGCCUCAAUGUACACCAUCAUUCUGUUCACUGGUAAAGAUCAUUUGAAGGGGAAAGCAGUUGAGGAAUGUCUGAAUCCUUGUGUUUCAAUUCAGGAACUGAUCAAAAGUUGUUGGGGAAGAUACCAUUGUCUCAACAAUGGUCAGAGGGAUGACCGUCUUCAGGUCAAUGAGCUGCUGAGGAAGAUAGAAGAGAUGGUGAAGAUGAAUGGAGGAGAGCACUACACCAAUGAGAUGUACCAGGAGGCCCAGAGGAAGAUCGAAGAGGAGGAAGAGAGGAAGAGACAGGAGAUGGAGGAAGAGAGGAGGAGAAGAGAGGAUGAGAUACGGGAGCAAGAAAGGAGGAGACGGGAAGAAGAAAUGAGGAGACGGGAGGAAAAGAGGAGACGGGAAAGAGCAACAAGAGAAAAUAUUGCGAUAGGUUUAACUUCAGCAGCAGCUGUUGGGGCAGUAGUAGCUGGGACUACAGUACUUGCUGUAGUCCCAGUAGUGGCUGUGGUAGCAGCACCAAUUCUGUUGGUUGGGGCAGCUGGUUUUGGUAUAGCAGCUCUUGUCAUUUGGAUAAAGAAGAUAAGACGGUAAAAAAAGACGGAAAUGAGCUGUAAUACUUUCAAUAUUAAUGUUAAACAUGGUCCUUGAUGAAUUUAUAAACACAUUAGGUGAUACAUAAUAACAUGUAUACUGUAGGUGAUUAUGAAUAAAAAAAUCAGAUCAACCUUUUUGAGGUCAUUUAAUGAAUCUAUUUGUGAUUCAAAAAGGGUUAAAUAGGUGAACUUCUAAUGUAAAUGGAAAUAUGGACAUUUUGUUAGACAAUUGUGUUUUUAAUCAUCUAUGAUUUUUUUAUAUACAUAUAUUCUACUCGGCUAAGGAAACAUUAAAUGUAUUUUACAUUUGUCAAAUAAAAUCAAUUAAUUCAUUCAA